AUGCACUUUUUUACCAUCUCCGCCGCCAUUGCAGCUUCCUUGAGCAUGGUUCAGUUCUGUCCCGCUCCCCCGUUGUCCUGGGUCCCAUCCUUGCUGGUGCACUGUGAUGCCGGCGAGGCAGGUGCAAUUGUUGGCUACGGUGUGGGAAAGAUCGGCAAGCGCUCCAUUCAAGGCUCAGUCUUUGAGAAGCGCUCUGAUCCAUUUGAGGGUCUCCCUCAGCCUGCUGCUGAUACAUGCAAAAGCCAGCUGAAUGGAGUGGAGGUCAAGUUUACUCCCACUGGCCCGGGAGCCUUCCGCGUGGACAAUGUCCCCUCCGCUUGCAUGACACUUUCAAAUGUUAUCUUAGGACAGGAUCCUAACCAGCCUGCCCCCACCCCUCUUGGUUCCGCUGCCCUGGGUUACUCUGGUCUUUCUGAAGACGAUAUCAACAAGCUUCAGGGAGCUCUCGAGGGCAAGGGCUACUAG